CCCGCCCGCCGCGGUUCUCCUCCCAUCCGCCUCAUUCCAUUCCAUCCUACCCACAAGCCAGAGGUUAGUCCGGAGAAAACCGAAAAUGUAAAGUCUCUACUAUUAUUACACCAGUUGGUUAAAUGUUCACGGCAGCUGGGCCACUGUGUGGGAACUCUCUGAGCGGCUGAAGGAGCGUAAGAACCGGAGCGGCAGCCGUGUUUUUUUUUUUUUUUUAGGGGGAGGGCUAGUGCUUCUCCUGGCGGAGGUUGUCGGACGGGACAGCGGAGCAUCGACUAAGGGUUAUUUCUCUACCCUCCCUCAUCCGGAAGAUGCUGCCCUGCCUGCGGAGAGUCCUGCGGCCUGCCUUCUCCCUGACCGCCGGGAGUGGAGCGUCCAGAGCCGGACACCGGAGCAGCCAACCUCCCGCUGUGGUACCGGGCUCCCCGGGGCGGCUCGCCCCGCAGCCGCCGCUCUCCGCGCUGGCGCAGCGGUGCAACCUGGGCACACACCCCCUGAAGGAGCCCGUGGAGCCCCUCAACUCCCCCGGCGGAGCCAAGGACUUCAUUUACAGCCUCCAUCCGUCGGAGCGCAGCUGUCUGCUGCGGGAGCUGCACAAGUUCGAGUCCAUAGCCAUCGCUCAAGGGCAGCUGGUAGUUGCGCCACCUACUUCAGCCCAGUUGAGAUAUGUCCUGCUGCAUAAUGCCAUCCCCUUUGUUGGAUUUGGAUUCUUCGAUAACUGCAUCAUGAUUGUGGCUGGCACACAGAUUGAGUUAUCCAUCGGUGUGGUUCUUGGCAUUUCAACUAUGGCAGCUGCUGCACUUGGCAACCUGGUGUCUGACCUGGCAGGACUGGGGCUGGCGGGUUACGUGGAGGCCGUGGCGUCCCGACUCGGCAUGCAGAUUCCCGAGCUGAGCCCGAAGCAGGCGGACAUGUGGCAGACCAGAGUCAGCUGUCACAUGGGUAAAGCCAUCGGCGUGGGAAUCGGCUGCAUCCUCGGUAUGUUUCCUCUUCUCUUCUUCUCUGAUGACGAGGAGAAGAAGGAAGGACAGGCGAAGGAUGAAAGCCCUCCUGCUCCUGCACUGAGCAGCAAAAACUGAAAGCGGCUCGGUCAGGGCGGAUACCGUUUGUCGUCCUGAAGAAAAAGCGGACUGUUUGAGACCGAGCGCUCCGUCCCCGCCGCCGUCUGGAGCGGAGGAGAACGGGCCAAGACCCGGACCACCAGGGUCCUCUGAGGGGAUCUGACGUGAUCUAUUGAAGUAAAGCACAGAAGGCUGGCCGUGUGUUGGUAGAGUCCAGACUGGAACGCUGCUAAAUCCCCCACCAUCAUAAGCCCGCCCCAUCUUAGAGGUCUCGCUUCUGUUACGUAACUUUAGAAUCAAGCACCGACUUUAUGUCAUUAGAGGGCAACUUUGCCGACUGAAAGCUUGAACGGCUGUUUGAAAAGUUAGCAGCCAGUUCAAAGACACAAAACACUUGAACAUAUUCAGAUGAAGGCUUUCUGUUAUAAGUCUUUUUAAUAUGAUAUGCAAGAUAUGAGUGUAGUUUAUUUGCUUUAUCUGUUUCCUAAUCAUCAGAUUAGUCUCUUGCUGCGUUACCCUCAUAGUAAAUAGAAGUUAAACACCUUAUUUAUUUUCAGUUAUUGAUUGCUUUUGGUUUCGUCUACGCAUUAUUAUAUAUUCACCUGUAUGAGUUGCCAGAGCAGUAACCCAAGUGCGCUGUAGCUAAGACCUUUACAGAAAUCCGUUCAGACAUUUUAAAGAAGGGGAGCUACCUGAGGUUUACAUGCAUCUAACUAACAUGACUCCAAAACGGCUCCACUGAUGUCCCUGAGCUGAGCAGGAGCCACCAGGGGCCAAUCAGCUCUCUGCUUCUACCUGUACCUCAUUAUAACGCCUCCUCUGCUGCCCUCUGCUGGUCAACCACCGGCUGGUCUUUGCUUUUAGUCUGUUACCAGAGCAUCUUCACCAGCUCACGAUACCCGAUGUCGAUUACUGUUCCCCUCAGCGUAAAGUUCACUAACAUUUUCCUUUGUUCUUUGUUUCCUGGGUGCAGCAUUCAUCUCAUAAUUUAAGGUUAAAAUGGAAGGAAGUGACCAAAUACAGUGCUGUAAAAAAGCCUUUGCCUGCUUAGAGUGUUUCAGCUUUUCAUUUUGUUGCCGUGCUUCAUUUUACCAGUCAAAGAUAAGCUGAUGAAAGGCUAAUAUAUAAUGUAAUAAAAAGGACGUUUUUUAAAUGAUUACUAGAUGAAUUUAGUAAAAAAUAACCGUCUACACCAACCUGGCCUCAUUUGGAAAAAGUAAUGCAGUCUUUGUCAAAUCAUAAAUCUCUUGUUGUUAACGAAACUUUUAGGAAUGCUGAGUACAUUUUCAGUAGAAUCAAGAAAUCACUUAAAGAGAACCCGCAGUUUGAGCUUGAGAUCCUAAAAAGCAACACAUGAUGCUCUGAUGUGAAGAAAAUCCAGAACUGAAGAGAAAUCAUGUUACUGACACCUCAUCAGUCUGGAAAGGGGCAAAGCAUUUUCUAAGGAUGGUAGUAUUAUGGUCUGGGGCUGCUUGCUACAGGGUCUGGAUGACUUGCUGUAAUUGAUAGAACCGGGAAUUUUCCUUAGAACCUGUAAAAUCUUGAGAGGGAACGUCCGGCCUUCGGUUUGUGACCUUAAGCUCAGGUGAAAUGAAGUUACACAGCCGGACAUUGAACCAAAGCACACCAGCAGAUCUACUUCUGAAAGGCAAAAAACAAAAAGGACAAUUCUGAAAUGGCCUAGUCAAAGUCCCAAUUCAAAUCCAAUUGAGCUCUUGUAGCAUGACCUUGAACAGGCCGCCGAUGUCCAAAUACCUCGACUGUGACUGGAUAUAAACAAUUUGACCAAUCAUUGCAAGGAGAAAUCUGAAACAAUCUCUAAGGGGGCAAAUACUUUCAUACAGCCCGGUAUUCCUGCUAAGGACUUUAUUUGUGUUUUAAUAUUUAUAUUUGUAAGUUUCAGCUGUUUAUUGUUAUCUAGAAAGUACAAUACAUUAAGACUGCAAAGUAUUGACGCACAAAAGGUUUUUUUGUUUUUUCUUUUGCGCAGAAGGACGUUCCAGCUGACUGUGUUGCGGCCCACAAUUAAACUAAAUGAUGUCUCCAAACACUUGAAAUAGAGACACUGUUUCAGCUUUGUGCCGUGUGGACCACACAGAUUGCCACAAGUUCUAAGAGUGAACAGAUGUACAGAGAAAUGUACAUAUUUAUGUAGUUUCUUCCUUUACCAUCUUGCAUGCAUUAUAUGAAUUCUAAAGAUGAUAAAUAAAAGUACCUCUGUAAGGUUUGCAGCACAUGACUGACGGCACGUAGAUACAGGUGGGAUUUAAUCAGGCGGAGCCCUAACAGACAAAGGGCUCCACACCUUCUGUGGCCCUGAUUAUGUUCAUCAUUCUGAAAUCUGGUGUUUUUUUUUUUUUUUUAAAUGGGCCAAAAAUGUUGGAAUCGAGCAUAAAAAAAAGACAGCACAUUGGUUUGUGUCUGGACUGUCGAUGCAUGCUAACGAAUGCCGUUUUUGUUUCGUGUCGUAAACUGGCUGUGGUCUUUGUUUGCACUGAAACGAGUUGACAGCUUCCAGUUUCCAGAAGCAAACUAGAAGAUUUUCUGUUUGGUCUUAUGACCUAAGGGUGGCGCCCUUUUCUCAAACUAAAAAAAAUAAAUAA